UAAGUGCGAGGAGUUCCCGGUGAGGUGAAGAGGAAGAAUAAGUCCAGCGACCUAUGGAUUUGGGGCGAGUGGAGGCGAGCGGUGUUGCCUUCCAGUGAGGCGAUCGCGUUUUCAGCUUCGGGAGAAAAGAAUUUGCAACAUUGGGCCUUUGCAACAGCAGUGUUUCGAGGUCUGUGGAUGUUAUGUAUUGAUAUCCGGCGAUGGGGAGUGUGACCCUGGAGUCGGACACUGCGAAUGCAAGCGAGCGGGCAGGGAAGCAGCGGCGGUCAUGCAAGCAGGCAGUGUAUGGAAGCAGUGACAUGAGCCAAGGACGCCUUCAUGCAGAGCAGGAUUUCCUUAUCAAACUUGUUUACUAUGUCGGAGCAAGAGACCAGUAGAAGCCCAGAGAACGGAAGACCGGAUGUGGAUGACCUCUCUGAGGCGAGGGAAGACUCCUCGUGUGAAGUGGAGAAGCCAUGCUGUUCGGACGUAAAUAGUUGCCUUAGCUGUGACAGUGGUAUGGGAAACACCGUCUUCUCCUCUCCAGAGAAAGGUGAAAAGGAGAACAGCGAACACUCAGAUGACAAGGACAGUGAUAGUAGCGACCAAAAUGAAACGCUUACUAGAGAGAAUGACCCCAGUAAGACGGCUUUUGUAAAGAGCCAGGAUGGUGCUUCAGACCCCGUGUGCAGCCCUCAAAAUGAGGCAAAGGACAAGAUAGUAGACAAUCAUGUUGACAGUGCAUUUUGCGUGAAUGGUAGUGUAAGUCUGCCAAAAGAAGAUGAACAACUGAUUGUACAAGAGAAUCAGGGGAAAGAGGAGGGGAAAAAUAAUCUUAGUGAUUUAGGUACAAACAAAGUAAAUCAUGCUAGUGAGCUACUAUGCAAAGAGGACAAGGACAACAACAAAGAAAUUGCUAAGGAAGAAGACACCAGUGAGAGAGGCGAUGCACAUGGCAGUGUUGACUUAAAGGUGAACGAGGAUGUAGGACCAAGUGAGAAUAGUGUGAAUGUGACCAUUAAUCUUCAGGAUAAGGCUACAGAUAGCAAGAGCGAUGCAAAAGAGAAUGUUGCAAAUGAGAUUGAGGUCAGUGUAAGUGAUAGUGACAAUGUCAAAUUAAAAGAAGUGCCACUCAUUGUGAAAGGUAAUGAAGAAAAUACACUGCACGUCUGUCAGAGUGAUUUUGACGGCCCUAAGGAACUAGUCGGUGAAGGCAUGGCUGUGGAUCUGGAUAUCAACAGAGAUACAGACUCAGAGGCAGGGGAGUCCUGUUACAGUGAAGACCCAGAGCAAGUGGAUGGCUGUCAGGGGGGGAACGACUGCCUGCAUCAAGAUGGGGUGUGUCACCCUCAGCAAAAUUGGGAUUAUCUCAUGGACGAAGAGUUCAACGUCCCCAGAAAUCCAGUAUUCAAUGGUUCUGCAGAUCAGCUGUGCAGAAGAAGUAACUUGAAGAGGAAGGCCAGUGAGGAACCUGAAGAUGUCUCUCCUCCAAAGUGCAAGCGGGGCAUACAAUUUGAAGGUGUGACGGUGUUCUAUUUCCCUCGGUCCCAAGGCUUUACCUGCGUCCCAUCACAAGGAGGGUCUACACUAGGGAUGUCACGUCGACACUCGCACAUAAGGCAGUUUACCCUUGCUGAACACGCUGUUGAACAGAGGCGGGCGCAUCGUGAAUAUCUCCUGAGGUUACGACAGCAACGAUCAGCAAGGGAGCGUGGGGACAGCAGCAGCCGGGGCAGCAGUUCAGAAGACAGCGAGGAAAACAGUGAGGAGGCCAGUGAUCUUUCAGACUCAGAACUGGAUGCUGAUUCUUACUAUUUCCUUCAGCCCCUGCCAAUCCGUCAACGUCGAGCGCUGCUGCGUCAAGCCGGCAUCCGUCACAUAGAAGGCGUGGAGAAGGAGGAAUGCAAAGACAUCCGGGUGUCAAGGGAGUUGUGUGGUUGCCAGUGCAAGGUCUACUGUGAUCCAGACACCUGUCAGUGUGCACAGGCUGGCAUCAAGUGUCAGGUUGAUCGUCACAACUUCCCUUGUGGAUGUUCCCGUGAGGGUUGUGGCAAUUCAUAUGGGAGGAUAGAGUUCAACCCAAUACGCGUGCGAACGCACUUCAUUCACACGCUCAUGCGUCUAGAAAUAGAAAAACGCCAACAGCAGCAGCCGCAGCCAUCACAGCAACAACAGCAAGCGCAGCCACAGCAGCAGCAGCAACCACAACAGCAACAAUGGCAGCAGCAGCAGCAGCAGCGGGCUAAGUGGCUGGCUACCGCAGCAACUCCAAAUGGCUUUAGUAGCGGGAGUGGGCUGCCCAGUGGAAACCUGCCAUUCUUUGAAGGUGCAAGAGAGCCAACUGGAUUGUCUGUCACAGAGCUGCACAAGUUCAACUCUUCUGUUGAGAUGACUCCAUGCGUUGGCUCGAUGAGCACACCCCUUUACCCACACUUUGAGUCUCGGCAGAUGCUUGGCCCAGGCACCUCACCCUCUGUUUACAUCCAACAUGACAAUGUAGGUGACUACAACUCUGGGACAUGCUCUGUUUUUGGUGGACUGUCUACAACAUUUGACCCAGCAGCUCCAUAUGGGUCCUGUCACAGUUUUCCUCCUUCUGGUGUGGUGGCUCCUCAAGCAGUUGCCCCACAGGUGCCUCCUCAGCCUACCCCUGAUGCAUAUAACUCCCUUUCUAAGUUUGCCAACUCAGCCAACCUGGUGUCUAGUUCUUUUCCGUACUCUGGUGCUGUAGCCCCGGCUCCAGUCAAUUGCUCUUAUUCUCAAAACAACUUCUGUGUGCCUGGGAUGAAUGACAACUCAGCUGCUACAGUAUUUAGUCCAUACCAUGAACACGGAGCAUCGUCUGCACAAAACUUGUUUAAGACUGGUGUGAACGAGUGCAGUGAUUUUCAGCCAAACUUUGAGGCAAUUUCUUCCUCUUCUACAUCUUCAGACAAGAGCAGCAGAUACGUUCCAGCCACAUCUUUAGUUGGACCAACCAAAGAGGUGUGUGCAGAUUAUGCAACAGGAGCGGCCGUGAGUAGUUGCUCUGCUGUUGUGGAAGGAAGCUACAAAGUGGAUAGCUCAGUGUCGGAUGCAUCACAUAGCACAGUUGUUUCAGCUUCCAGGCCAGAGCAGCUCCUACCGACCCACCCAAUGAGCACAGCCUCCUCAGUGCUCAACUUUGACUCCAGUCACCUUGGCAGCACAAGCAAGGACACUGUCAUAAACAGCCAGGCAGAUCCACCUGAAUCUGCUGAGAACUUAGGGGAAAUUGUUAAGAAAUCAAUGGUUGAGACUGUAUCUGCUUAAAGCCUGUGUGGCAAGGGACAUUUUGGUUCACAGCUUUAGUUUCUUCUGAUAGAGGCAUCUAAUGACAGAGAAGUAAAUAAAUAUUAGCUAUAGGAAGUAUUACAGUGAGCUGUCUUAUUGUGUGAUGAAUUUUAGCAGCCUGAUUGUAGUACUUUCUAUUGUCUUUCAUACAUUUCAUCAAUAUUUGAUGGUUAUUUUUACUGCUAAAUAUUAUAAUUUACUGUUUUUAUUUGUCCCAAUGCAAAGAGUCCCAGUUUUUUUAAUGUUGAUAUGCAAAUUUUAUUUUAAAGUUACAGGAGUACACUAUUGCAGAAAUGAAUAGGUAUUUAUGCAGCACCACGUCUUAAAUUUCACACUGUAUAGAAAUGCUCAAUUAUUGGAUCCUGUGACAAAGUGCAAGCAUACGUUUUCACUAUUUCCAGCUCACUUUUAUAGAAAAUGAGAGAAAAAGAAUUUUGUAAUACAUAUAUCAAAGUUGUUUUGUACUUGAAUAACUAUUGGAUACAAAGUGUAUAGCAAGAAUUAUUAUGUAUAAGCCACAGGGGUCAUUUCAUGUAUCUGAUGCAUUUUUCUUUUGUGAUUUAAAUAUUUAGAAGAUAAUAGUUUAAUAAGGUGUUUUGUUGCUGCAUUUAUGAAUCAGUUUUAGUUAAACUUUUUUUUUUUUUUAGAUGUUCUGUAAGAAAAAUUUUAUUGUUGUUUUAAAAUUAAAAUUACAGUUGGCCCCAAACCAUUCACAAGUGUAGUGUUCCAAAACCCUGCUAAAACUAACUUGUAACUGUUGAUAAGCUACUCAAUAAUUAUUAAAAAAUUAAUGAAAAUACAUAUUUUAAAUACAGUACAUAAGUGAAAUUGUAUGUAAUAUAUUGAUGCAUUAAAAACGGAAAAGGCAAGGAAAUAAGAAAGUUAUCUUAACAGUGACAUACAUGCACUGAUGCCACCACUUAGAUGAAAAGAAAAGUUGAAGGAAGAUGCUUAUAUUUGAUGAUGUGGCUUAUCCUUGUAUGUAUUUUAAUGUACCUACUUGUUAACUAUCAUCCAUAUAUAAUUUUUGUAGUAAAAUUUCUCUUGCUUUUUACUGUUAUUUAUCAUGUGAUAUGUUUUAUGUAUUUUUGGAUUUCACUCAUACUUUGCAACAUUUUUUUUUUUUUAUACAUAGUGAGGGGAUCAUUUGAUGUCUUGUUAUUUUCUGAUAAAUAGGCCAAGCAUGCAGGUAAUCAAGUUUGGUAAUAUCAUGCUUGUGAGGUGAUGGGCCAACUGUACUGAGAAAUAGAAAAUGGAAAGUUUUUCUUCACUGCUGCCAAUGUGUCUUAUUUUGGUGAUUCUCAGUGACAUUGAAAGUGGACUUUGCAUGAAGUAUAUGCAUAAAUAUUUUUUCUUACAUCUUCCUGUACAAUUUUUGCUUUGUAACAUCAGAUACACUAUCAUGACUGCCUGUUAAUGGGAAACAGAGUCACAGGUUGUUUCUACUUAAUCUUAUUUAUGAAACAUGAUAUUUUAGGGUCUAAACAUUUCCUUGCGGUCAAAAAAGGUAAUUUAAUUGGUUCAAUAACUUUUGAAUAGCAAAGAUCAGUACAGAUGAAUAUUUGUUUAGUUAUCAGGAGAACCAUAAAAAUGACAUAAGAUGUUUAACUGUUUAUAUUGUACAGACAGUAAAUGUCUUCUGUAUAUUUCAAGCUCUUUUCAGAAAGUGCGAUUUUUUAUGUGAAAUAAUUUUUAAAGGUAUAUCGUUUGAA